AUGGCGACAAAACCAUCGACAGCCCGAAAGGAAGCAUAUAGAUGGCGACGGUGGCUUGACCAUCUGAGCGAGUCUCCAAGCUCGACCAACCCCGCCAUCCAGAGCCGUUACGUUGAUAUGCUGCUCGAGACAGAGAAAAUACCCAUACUGCAUAAUCUGAUUGCAUCCAGCUGUACCUGGCUUCUCCUAGCGGGAUUCUUGGUCUUCCCAGGCACAUUUUCUACGCUGCAAGACACCGCGCUGGUUGAUGGAUUGAAGGGCCGGAGACGGGAUAAUGAGAUGAUAUCUGAUGCUAUCGAGAACCCCCCUCUCCUUGGCCUAGCCGUAGCGUCAUGCGCCCUCGGUACCGCUGGCUGCGGCUGGCUUUGGUGGAGGUGGCGGUCGAAUCUCAUCUGGCCGACGCGCCAGAUUUUCCUGUAG